AUGGGGGCUGCGUUGCAGCGUAUAGAAGAGCUGCACGCGUCCGCGCCCUUCAAGCUCCCUCCUUUGCAGAAGCCAGACGGGUAUGAUCAACGAAUAAGCGCAUGCCGAGAGCUGGGGAUGACUUUCCACGUGAGCAUGUCCAAGGACGUUUUCAGCUCGCAAGGACUUUCAAGGGAGGGUUUCCACGAGCUCCUCCGUGAAAAAAUAACCGAGGCCGAUCUGCGCCUCCAAGAUCUCAAUCUCAAGUUGAAAGAACCAGAAGAAGCAGAAGCACGAAAAGAGCCCACUUUUCACCGUCUCCGCAGAUUGUUCUCCAAUAUCUUUGGAGAGUCGCUGUGGUUGGCUGAGCGAGCUGACUUGACAGAGAAGCGCCAGCAAUGGCAAGCGUGGAUCAACAAGACGUCCGUGGCCGACACUUACAGCAAAGUCUGCGUUGAAGACUCUUCUGUUUAUUUGUCCAGCACCGGCGGGACUAGCCUACAGGUGAAGUUUGUGGGCUUCAAGAUGAACGAAGAUGACAAGGUCCAAUUCGUCCAAGCUGACUUCUCUGGUGGUUGCCAGAUUCAAGUCGCUCCGAAGAAUUGGGAUGCCGAUGGCGGGAUAAAGGCACUUAAGGCCAUCUCUACUCUUGGAAUCUGGAAUUUGGUGAACCACUUCGAAGACACGGCUCAGAAGUCUCGAGAAGACGAGGCCCUCGCACAGUUGAUGAGCCCCGGCAUCAUGCGAUACUACGUGGUUGCACAUAGUGAAAACACGUUCUUGCAGGAAGGCAUCUCCUGGAAGUGUGACUCAAAUGGUUUGCUGAAGAUUCUUGCGGCUGUGGCCUAA